AUGCGCCAUUCUCUGGGCUGCCUUUUUGUUUACUCAAAUCUGUUGAGCUUACUGGUCACCGUCCUUGCCAAGGAUGACCCAGACUAUAAUUCUGCGGAGAACUUCCGCCCCGGUAAUGUCACAGGUUUGAACAGCAUGUAUGCAUGGGUCGGAUCGUACUACAAUGCAACAACAGAGGUGACGGUGACGCCCCAGAUGGGGCCUGAACCCGGUGACGCUCUGUGUCCGCCUUUACAAAAUUACACCACAACCAUGAAAUGGACAUCGAUUUUGGCCAUCACGGAAAGAGGCACUUACAAUACGGGGCCCAACCCAGUCAACAUAUGGCUGACUUUGAUACCCCCGAAUUACAACUGGUCUACGUUGCCGUGGGACGUGAGUCUCGUCACACUCCGGGGUUCGAAUCACAUUUCGCCUCUGGUCCGCGAUUUUGACCUGUUUAGACCGACAUGGAUAGGACAAGAGAACAUAACUGCACCCCCCGACUACUUCAAUAUCACAGCCACCAAAUCCCAAAAUACAUUUUCUUUGGGGGGCAUACUAAACGAUCCCAGUGGGCAUGGGUCGUGGAGUUAUGAUGAUCAUAUCUGGAUGCCAACUUGCAACUCCAGUUACUAUUACGGAAACUGGAGUUUAACGCUACUACAAAUUCCAGGUGACGAGUGGUGGAGCACUCAGGGCUGGAGGAGCUUCAUGCUUCCUAAGAUGAUUGUUACGUUUGACGAGCAAACUGCUAAUUUCACGCUCGAUGGGGAUUUCCAAGCAUAUCCAUUCUUGAGAUCGAACGACACUAAUUACAUUGGCGGAUUAAAUGGGGAACUGGGGCCGGGAGUACAAGGCACCAUACGAUUUACAUUCAAAGGUGUCUUGGAUGCUUACCAUUCAGAUGUUCUCAACAUGAACGCGUCUUCCCCGACUUGGCUUCGAACUGUCGGUUUCGGCAACAAUACUCUUAAUAUUGGGAACGGCGCGAUUGGCCGACUUCGUCCUAGUCUAGGGGCUGCAACUAUCGUGAUAACUUGUAUUAUAUUUGCAGUCUUUUACUAG